AGCCCCAUCCUAUUUUUCUCACAAAUAAACUCGACAAAUUCAUAACAAAUCCUUCACAAAAACAAGAGAAUAUGUAUUGAAAUUCAUCAAAUCCGAAAUUUCUCAUCGUAGAAAUCAUCGCAUGGAUUUUCUCAGUUCCGUGAUCCUUGUCCGGUAAUUCUUUGUUCAUUGAUCCAAUCACGCGGCGUUGCAUUCCUGCGGUUUGUACAUGCGUCGUGAUUUUUGGCUGAGAUCGAUGCGAAGUGGAGUUAAGGAGGUUUGAAUGAAUCCAAGGAUCAAACUGAUUUUUUUCGCGAGGAUUUCGUAGCGAGAUUUUUGCGAGAGUUAAAGCAUCAGAUGAGAAUGGAUAAUAAUCUGGAGUUGAAAUUCUUGUCGGGAGAUUUUUGAUUUAUUUCAUAUGCAGUGGAGUCCAGUCUGAUGUUUGACAAUCUUGGAUUUAUAUGAAGACAGGGUGCUUGUAGCUGGGAACUGUACGCUUAAGGUUAAAACGUUCCUUCUUGCUUGAAUUGUGACGGUCUCCAACGAAUUUAUUUGCAUGUGAAUGCAUAAGAAUAUGGAACCUAACACAUGCAAUGUUAAUCACUUGGAUGCGGAUGCACAUCUGCCACCUCGAAAGCGGCUUCUAGCUGGAAUGAAGAGGCAGAAUUCUGAUGUUAAUUCCCCCACAGCCACACCAUCAACUCCUAGUAGUGGUGGGAGCGAACAUGAUCUCCGUUCCAAUAAUGCACUGAGGUCCCAUUUGCGUGAUCCAAGUCUCUCGAAUGAGGAGAUUGUUGAAAUCUCUAGAAUCGCUGCUAUUAAAUCUGCGAAGGCUGCAGAGGUUGCAAGAGCCAAUGCUGAAGAGAAGGCUGCAAAAGCAGCAAGGGCAGUGGUUGCUGCUAAAAGUGCAUUGGAUCUGGUUGCCAUUCUUUCAGAUGAGACAGGUAAUAAAGAAAAACUUCUGAAAAAGAACAAGAUGAAGAAGCAUGUCACUGUUGAAGCAUUGUACAAUAAAAAUAAAAGCAGUCGAGGAACAGAUGAAGAAUUGGCUCACAAUUUGCAUCGGGUCAUCAACAGCUCUCCAAGAAUUUUGAAGAACUCACCAGGUUCUGAAUCGAAGAGUCACAAGCAUAAAAAGCUGAAAAGUUCUGCUUCUUCUGGGAGAACUAGCAUUACUAAUGAAGCUCCAGUUGGCGAAGGGGAUAGAGAUAGACUGUCCGCAGCAAGAAGCAUUGGUAAUGGUGUAGUAGAAUUAGACACUGAAAGUCCUGUAAGGAAGAUAGGCAUGAUUAUGGUAGAUUUGAACACUUCCAAGCAUGACAACUGCGAUCAGCUAAAGUUGGACAAUGGAGAUGGAUCACGCCUCAGUAAAAAUGAACGGCUGAAGUUGGAUGAUGGUAAAGUCUUGGAUAGCAUUAGUAGAAAGAGGGGAAGAAUUAAGCAGAAGAAAUUGCCCCUGAGCAUUUGUAGCUUCAAGGAUCAAACUAGUCCAAAAGAGGAGCUGAAACCUCAGGGUAAUGCUGUCAGAAGUGGUGUAGACAAUCAGCCCUUGUUCUCAAUGGGGCCUUCAAGUAACAGUUUGAUGCCUCCGGUGGAGAGGACAUCAUCAAUGUGGAAGUGCCAGUCCUUCAAAGCACCCGCUUGUGUUAAACAGAAUAAAGUUAUGCAGUCAUAGUGUUGAUAGUUUGAUUUAAACAACUGGAGGCUAUCAUGAUAGGAAUUGUGGCCAAGGUAGUUCUCGGUUAUGUCUUUUUGGUACGCAUAAGGCCCUCUUUUUUCCCUUUUGUGUUUUUCUUCUCCCCCUCCCUGUUUGUGAGUAGGCUGUCAUGAUUUUGAAAAUGUAUAUUGGACUUGAUUGCUCGGAUAUGUUUGUUGCUGCUUCAGACAACUGUUGCCUCUUUACACAAAA